ACGAACCAUCAUGUCCGGUCUUUCCUUAGAACUUUAGUAACUUUCUACGGAUCCGAUCGUGACUGAUAUUUUUGCUGUGUUUUUUUGAGACAGGUACUCAUGUAGCUUUGGCUAGCCUCAAACUCGAUAAAUAUGUAGCAAAGGAUGACCUUGAACGCCUGAUCUUCAUGUCCCCGACACCUCAAAAGAUAGGAUUACCGACGGGGGGGCCGUACCAGGAAGGGCUUUGAUAAAAUUUGAAUGAUCGGGCGUGACCGUCUCAGGUCGGAAUCCGGCGCCCCCUGCUGCCCAUUGUGACGCGGGCCACCGGGUCACCCAGGCAGCGGAGGUCCGCGGAGUCGAGGAGGAGCGCUGAAGCCAUGGCUGAACCGCAGGAGCAGCUGCUGCAGCUGCAGAAGGACAACCGUGAUGGCCGCCUGCGGAAGCAGGAGCUGGAGGAGCUGGUGCGUGGGCUGGAGGCUGAGAGUGAGAGCCUCACCGCGCGCCUGGACGAGCUGCGGGAGCGCGAGCGCAGCCUGCAGCGGAGACGAAGCCAAGCGUCGCGAGCGAUUAGAGGGGAGGCGCGCGAGGCGGCACGGGAGCAUGCGGAGCGGGCUCGUGGGCUGCUGGAGGCCGCCGAACAGCACCGGCUGGAGCUAGAGCAGCAGAAUCAGAAGCUGCAGGAACAGUGGGAGGAGCUGUCCAGCCAGCUUUUCUACUACGGCGGUGAACAGCGGAGCCAACAACGAGCGGAGCAGCAGCUCGGGACUCAGCUGGCGGCGCUGCAGAAACAUCUGGAGCUGGCAGAGGCCAAAUUCACCAUGCAGGCAGAGGACCUGCGACAGGGCGCUCGGCGGACGGAAGAGGCGUGGGCCAGUUUCCAGGAGCAGAGUGGCGUUCUGCAGGAGCUGCAGGGCAAGGUGAUGGAGGCAGCGGCUGCUCUGGAGGCUACGCGUGGUGGCUCGGAACCGUGGGACUCGCAGCCUCGUCGGGUGCAGGACUGCGCGGGCUCACUCAUGGAGGAGGUGGCCAGGGCUGACUGCGAAAAGCGGCUGUUUGGCGGUGCGGGCUCGGGGAGCCUCAGGCUGUGGGCGCUGAGCGCACUACAGACGCUGCUGCUGCUCCCGCUGGGUUUCCUGGUGCUGCCUCUGCUCUACGUGGCGCUGGCGAAGCCCGAAGCCAUCGGCCCGGGACUCCCGAGUCUAGGCUCGGAUGCGGUCUUCCGCAGGCUGCGCUACACGCUGUCGCCUUUGCUUGAGCUGCGCGCGCGCGGACUGCUGCCUGCCUAGAGCGCAUCAUGCCGGCUUCGGCCGCCUUCAUCUCUGUCUCUUUUGUGGUUUCUGGGGUGCCUGCCUGUGUGAAAAGGACGAGGGUGGAGUUCGUGUGUUCCUACGGGCCCAGCAAGCCCCUUGUCACCUGGACAGAGGCGGUGCCUGUUAGUGGCGGACUGCUCAGUUCCCGGGCUGUCCUUUCUCACAGUCCUCACCGCUGAGCGCCAGCCCUGCCUUUGGGCAGGAUGGGUGCUGUCCUGUCAGGUGCCUUCCGUGGCGUGGAUUAUUUUCCCCGGAUGUGCAGUUAUUCUAGAUCCCCCUCACCGUUGAGGUUCCGUCUGGGCUGGUUCAAGUUCCCCAUUCCCAAACUCGCCCACAGCAUCUGAACACACUAGAUAGCGUCUGCUUGCCACUGUGGGCUUCAAGGGAAACGUGCUUGUAUAUGAGGAAUGCCCUGCUGAGUGGAAAUGAAUCUGGGCUGAAUUUUGAUCCAGCACAUUAGUUCUAGACUAAUUUAUUUGGAGCUGGGAGUCUCAUCCCAGCUUUGAAUUCACAAUGUAGCAGAGGGAACUUGAACUACAAAUCUUCCUACCUGAGUGGAUUAGGGGCAUGAGCCACCAGGUGUGGUUUAUUCUGUCAGGGGACUGAGCUCAGCGCUGUGGAUGCUGAGCCAUUAUAACCCCGGUAUUUAAAUAAUUGCAGCUUUUCUGUUAAGCUCACUGCAGACUGCCUUAGCGGCCUGACAAGGUAAAGUUGAACUUGGAGAAAACAACCUGAUGUUGUUAAGGUUUUGUAGCAUGCAAGUGGCCUCUGCCUCCAGUGGGAAGGUAGAGACAGGUGGGAAUCGGUGAGCUCCAGCCAACGGGGAGACUACCUCAGGAAACUAGGUGGGGCUGGACAAGGCAUUUGCUGCUCUUAAAGAGGACCUCAGUUCAUUUUCCAGUAUUCACACAAGACAACAUCCUGUAACUCUUGGUCCAGGGGAUCUGAUGUACUCUUCAGGCCCCGGUAUGGUCACUGUCUUAGGGUUUUAUUGCUGUGAAGAGACACCAUGACCACAGCAGCUUUUAUAAAGGAAAGCAUUUAAUUGGGUCUGGUUCUUACAGUUUCAGAGGUUUGGUGCUUUAUCGUCGUGGUGGGGAGCAUGGCAGCGUGCAGGCAGACAUGGUGCUGGAGGAGCCGAGAGCUCUACAUCUUGAUCCGAAGGCAGCAGGGGACCCUGUGCCACACUGUGCUUAGCUUGAGCAUGUGAGACCUCAAAGCCUGUUCCCACACUGACACUUCCUAUGGGCCUAGCAUUCAGACAUGAAUCUGUGGUGGCCAGACCUAGUCAAACCACCACGGUCAUGGUGCACAAACAACACGCAGACACUCACACAUACGCAUACAAAACAAAACAAAAAACCUAAAACCACCGGUUGGCAGUGGCGAAAGCCUUUAAUCCCAGCACUCUGGAGGCAGAGGCAGGUGGACCUCUGUGAGUUUGAGUCCAGUCUGGUCUAUAGAACAAGUUCCAGGAGAGCCAAGGCUAUACAGAGAAACCCUGUCUGGAAAAAGCAAACAAGAAAACCGAGGAUGAGAGGUGCCAGGAUUCCAGGUGUGGGCUACUCCUGGGCCUCUGUUUGCUUUCUCAGUUUCCUCCCACUCUCACCCUGCCACCAUUCCCAUCUAUUGUGGAUGGCCUGUGCAUGCCCGGCAAAUAUUUGAAUUACAGACUCUGCUCCAAUUUAAAAUUUUACUUUUGAGACCACACUGGCACCUAUUUGGAGCUUGACUUGCCACAGAAAUAACCAUAUCCAUGUAGGGGCUUCAGAGAGAUAUGGAGACAAAGGCCGGCUAGGAAGGUCUCCCCUUUGGAGGGGGCUCUUUUUGGUCCUGACAGUCAUAGGCUGGGGCUAUAGCUGGGGGUGGCGUGCUUACCCAUUAGCCCUGGAUUUGAUUCCCCAAGACUACUUAAGCUACCUGUGACUCAG